AUGGGCGUCUCCCUGUGGGGCUGGGGGUGGGUAGUCUAUGGUUUGGUGAAGUGGAUUGAUCAGAAAUUUUUGGGUGGCAUGCUCAACAAAUUCUGGUUUUCCAAGGUGCAGGCACAGAGUAAAGCAGAGGGAGACCAAGGCGAAGGCGAGCCAACAGAUCGAGGGGAGAAGAAGGAUAAUUAG